UCUAUCUCUAGGACUCCCUUCUCUACGGUUGUAUCUCUCUAGGACUCCCUUCUCUACGGUUGUAUCUCUCCAGGACUCCCUUCUCUUCUGUUUUUCACAGAACCCUCCAUCUCUUUCUCUUACAAUGACGAGCUUCAGCAGAUGCAACAAGAUCCGCCACAUAGUGCACCUGCGUCAGAUGCUCCGGAGGUGGCGCCGCAAAGCCGCCGAGGCUGCGCAAGUCUCGGCUUUUCCGAGUGGAUUUUCUGGAGAGUUUUCGGGUGGCAUCCCGGCGGAUGUGCCAGCCGGCCACCUGGCUGUGCAGGUGGGGUCGAAGAGGUUCGUGGUGCGCGCGACCCACCUGAACCACCCCGCCUUUCAGAGGCUUCUGCGGGAGGCGGAGGAGGAGUAUGGGUACGAGCAGCAGGGGCCCCUGUCUCUGCCCUGCGACGAAAGGGUGUUCGAGGAGAUUUUGCUAAUUAUCGGGGGCAAGGGCAAGGGGUGUGGAAAUGGGCUCUGGAAGGAGUCUUCUAUGCCCUUGCUCCAUGGCCUUGUGGAGAAGUCUGUUGGGUGA